GUCGGAACAGCCAUAAUGCUCAUUUCCAUCAAGUUAAGUGGAACUUUGAAAGCCUUCAAGAGACUGAAUCAGUCAGGAACGAAGGGUUUGAGUAAACUACAUAUUGAGACUCAUAGCACUCAGUUUCGCCAGUCAUUGCCCACCCCCAGCUGCAUCCAGUUUACCGCGGAAUAGUCCUUCUUUUCUUUUCCUUCCAAGUUCACUCUCCUUCACGUCAAGAAAUCAUUCCUUAGUAUUCACUCAAGAAUUGACCACCAUCACUACUGAACAAAACCGGCCACUUUUCCCUCACAAUGCGUUCCCCCUCAAUCCUCACAACCUCCCUCCUAGCAGCCGUCCUCGCCCAAGCCCAAAACUGCAUCGAAAACGGCCCCACCGGCGACGCCAUCACGGGGUUCCGGUUCUCCGGCACCUGCGAAUCCUGGCAGUGGUUUUCGCGCGACAAGGGAACGCAGGUAAACCUCCAGCCCGACUGCUUCCUACGGCAGACGUUCCCCAACGCCACGCCGCUGGGCCACGUAUGUAUCCAGCUCGAUAGCGGGGGCCACAAGUGUUUCCGGGCGCCGGGGGCGGGGGCGCCGCAGUGUAGGGUGCCGGAUGACUUUUGCUCGGGGAUUCAGAAUAUGUGGGGGUGGUAGAAGAUGAUGACACUGGAAGUAGUAAAUGGGGUAGCCGUGGUGAGGGUUGAGUAGUUGGUGAAUAGCGUUGUUGUGUGUGAGGCGAGGUGGAAGAAACUCGGAAUUAUCAAACCUACAGGCGGGCUUGAAGCCGCGGAUUGGCUUGAGACUAGGUAGGAAAAGUAUCUAGUUGACUUUGGCAGCUGGGGCCAAGGUCGAGUGCCCUUACACAGCCCUGGAGAGGACCUUGAGCAUCUUGUUAUGGCCACAGUAUGUAC